AUGACUUCAGAACCGAAAUCAAAACGGUUUAUUGUACUGGGUGAUACUGGAGCUGGAAAAUCAGCUUUUAUUAAUUUUCUGUAUAACUAUCAUUAUGGUGCAAAAAAAGCAGAGGAAGUAUUUUGUGCUCAACCAAAAGUGAAACUAGCCAUACCAUGUGCAAAUUGGUUGAAUUAUCUUGAUGAACACUAUAAGAACAAUAACAGUGAAUAUAAUAUUAGCGACCAAGCACAAAGUCAAACACAAGUUUGUACUACAUAUACAAUGAAAGGAAAAAUCUGUUUAGAAAUAAUUGAUACGCCGGGGUUUAAUGACACAAAUGGUGCUGAUAUCGACGAAAAAAAUUUGAAAAUGAUUGAGAAAGCUUUGAAAGAUGUUCUUUUUCUAACUGGAAUUAUUAUAGUUGUGAACGGUUCCGUUCCACGUCUUGGUGUUUCAUUCAAAAAUUUUGUGUAUUUGUUACAUCAAGUAUGGCCCAACAACUUGUUGAAUAAUUGUGUUGCCAUUCUGACCAAUUGUGACGAGCUAAGUGUUAAUUUAGAUUCAUCAGUACUAGAGCGCGAACUCAAUAUUGAUAAAAGCAAAAAAUUUCACUUGCAAAAUAGUUUAUUCCGAUGGAACCCAACAAAUCAGUCAUCGAAAACAAUGCUUCGUUUUCGACAAGAUUUUGACGAUAAUUUGGGAACAAUUAAAGCAUUAUUGAGAAAAUUAUCAGAAUUUCAUGAUGUUUCAACAAAUUCAUUUGAAGUGGGUGCAAUUAGAAUCAAAGCAAUUGAAAAUUGUAUUACUCAGUCUAUAGAAAAUAUGGCUUCGUUAUCUGGUAACGUUACUUGA